AAAAAUCUGAACCAAACUCAAUUUUCCAGGGUGCUGACCGGAUCGUUUGACAAAACGGCGCGGAUAUGGUCGCUGGACAACGGGGGCGAAUGCUUAUGCACCAUGCGUGGACAUUCAGCCGAGGUAGUCGCGGUGGCCGUUUAUCAGCCCACGCAGACAAUAGCCACUUCGUCAAUGGACCAAACAACCAAGCUGUUCAGCAGCGUUACAGGCCAAAACGUUGCCACGUUGAGGGGACAUAAUGGCGAAGUGGUAGUCAAUCAGUUUAACGGUGAUGGGUUGACGGUGAUCACUGGUUCAUUUGACAACACAAUCAAAAUUUGGGAUGUCCGCACUUCCAA